AUGUUCUUUAAAAUUUUGAAAUUUCUUACUGAGCACUAUCGAAUUUAUUGUUUGGAUCUUAUCGGGAUGGGGAGAUCAAGCAGACCAGUUUUUAAGGCUAACGGAUAUAGCGAAUGUGAGUCUUUUUUUAUUAUUCCAAUUGAAAUCUGUAGAGAGUAUCUUGGAAUAGAAAAAAUGAUAUUAGCAGGGCAUUCGUUUGGAGGGUAUAUAGCAGGGUGUUAUGCAGAAGCCUACCCACAAAGAGUAGAAAAAUUAAUUAUGAUAUCUCCUGCUGGCAUUUCUAAGCCGACAGAGGAGUAUGACUUUGAAAGGUUUCUUGAGUCUAAGAAUUGAUUUGUGAGAAUUUUGAUUAAAUCAGGAAGAUAUUUGUUUAAUAGAAAUGUUAACCCUGCUACUUUAUUGAGAAAAAUAGGACCUUUUGGAGGAAGAUUUAUUAAAAAUUAUCUUAAAAGAAGAAUUAUUGGGCUUACUAAAAUUGAAAGGAAAUACUUACUCCCCUUUCGUGAGUGAAUGAAAAAUUUUUAUCAGAGAAGAUUUAUAUAUAAAUUUUAUAAUAAAUUUUUUUUCGAAAUUUAAAACAAUCCUAAUUCGCAAAAAUUGAGAAGUAAAAAUUAAUUUAACUUGCAAAAUUUUGUUUUAGAACGCACGCAAGCUGUUUAAUAUUAAACAGAAUAGCUAGAGAUUUCAUUAAAUAACAUAAUUAUAUAUCAAAAUAUUAUUUCCGUAAAAAUUUUUAUAUUGAAAAAUUUCCGUUUUACUCAUGGAAGGUAUUUUUACCCAAAAAAUAGGGGUUUUUCAAAUGGUUUUGUUCACUCACGAGGGAGGUUAAAAAUUUAUUUCGAACAAGUGAAUUUGUGCCCUGGAAGCGGAGAAUACGCAUUACCAAAAAUUAUGAAAGAACUGUUGUAUCCCCAUGCACCUCUCUGUGAUAGGCUAAAAAAUAUUCCAAUUGUGUUUCUUUUUGGAGAUCAGGACUGGAUGAGCUCUCAAGGAGCUCAUCAAAAUAAAGAAGUAAACCAAUCAAACGUUAUCAUUGAGACUGUUUCAAACGCUGGACAUCAACUAUAUUUAGAUAAUCCUAAAGAAACAGCUGAAAAGAUCAUAGCCGGAAUAUCUAAGCUUUCUGAGCCAAAAACAUAA